UGUUUUCUCCCUCCCUUUAAUCGGCUACCUCUUGACUGAACUCACACAACGCCUUUGCAAUCAGCGGCUUCAAGAAACGCAGGCUCACAAGAUUCAGGUUCAGCUAGCAAGAAAUUUAAGGAACAAGGGUUCGGUUUGUUGAAAUGCACAAUCGUGGUAUGAUAGUCCCAACAAGUUGAAGCAAAUUGGGCAUCCCAUUAAUUAACCAUGUGUUGCAUAUAUGUGCGUAAUAUGCUCAUUCUGCUCUACGUUCUUUGUAUUAUUAUCGACAACCCAACUUCCAGCCAGAGUGAUCUGGUUCAUAGUAAAGCUCUAAAUGUCGGGGAAGAGCUCCAGAGGGAAACUCUACCACUACAAAUGGGUUCGCGGCUGUACAAGCUACAAGGACUCAAACCUUAUUCGUGGUAUGAAGUGAAGAUAUCAUAUCCAGCGUCUAUACCAGCUAGCUUUUCUAUGCAACUCAAGAGAGGCAAUUCCAACUUGGCACUGAAUCACAACAGAAGAUUACUCAAUACUGAAAAGCUUGUUUUCAGGACUCAAAGUCUUUACUCAGAUAGCGAUCAGGAUGGUAUCUAUGUGUUGGCGACUGUGGAGCCUGAGGGGAUUGUUGCCAUACCACAUGUUCUGGAGAGGCAGUUCAUCAUCUUUAAUAUAGUUUGUGAUGAACUACUCUUGGGCAUCCCGCACAAAGCUUGGUGGGUUGGAGUCUUGGUGUUUCUUUGCCUUGGAUUCGCAUUCAUCAUUCCAUCUUUUCUUCCAUCAUAUCUGCUACCAAAGAGCCAAAGCCCAAGAUCAGUUGGUCGGAAUGUUUCUAAGGCUUCCUGAAAAUCAGCUCAAGAAAAUUUUUGGCUGGAAUUCUUGUCUUAAAUGUUGUUGACGUACACUUUGGUAUUAGUCCAGUCUAGUCCCCAAGUUGUUUUGAGAAGCUACUUCCCUGAAUUACCAUCCUUUUUACUUUUCCCCUUAUCUGCUGUUUUAUGGCUUCUAAUGUAAAUGGAUUGUCUGAGUUAUGCAAUUCUCAUCCUUUUUACUUUUCCUGA